AUGAAUGCCAUGCAAUCCCAAGGAUCAAACCAACUUCCUGCCCAAGCAGUUGUGAAUCCAAAAGGUCCUAAUGCCAAUGUCAGUGCAAUUUCUUUGAGUUCCGAAAAGGUCACAGAACCAGCCCCCAAAAUAAAUAAAAAAAUUCUUGAGGUAACAUCUGAACUUUCUUCACCUUCUUCUGUUGUGGUAGAAACUGAAAAGAAUAAAGAAAAAGAAUAUGUACCACCAGUCCCCUUUCCACAUAGAGUUCUGAAAAAUAAAAGAAUUGAAGAAGGAGACAAAGAGAGGAAGAUCUUGGAUGUUUUUAGAAAAUUUGCGGUAAACAUUCCGCUUCUUGAUGUCAUUAAGCAGGUUCCUAAAUAUGCAAAGUUUCUGAAAGAUUUGUGUACAAACAAGAGGCGAAUGAAAGGUGGUGAGAGAGUCAACUUGGGAAGAAAUAUUUCUGCUUUUAUUCAGCCCAAGCCCCAUUCUGAAAAAGUUAUAGGCGAGCAAAAUGUUUCAGCCAUCUCUCAGCAUACAGGUUUAAUCGUUCAGUUGGCGAACAGGAGCAAUGCCCACCCUGCUGGUAUAGUGGAAGAUGUCCUUGUUCAAGAGCACUCUGUUUUUCAUAUUGAGUUGAUAUCUAAUUUGGUUGAUGAAACUUAUUCUGAAUUGUUUUCACUUGAUUUUCCAUCCUUACUUGGAUUUAAUGAUGUUUACUCAUGUGUUGAUUGUACUGACACUAACAUUUGUGUUGUAUGUGCUGAGAUUGAUGUUGCCUUACAAGGUGACAUGUUUCCUACAGGUGAAGUUGUUGUAAACGAAGUUGUUUAUGCAGUUGAUGCUCUUGACAUCCCGGUUUCCCCAAACGCCCCAUCCAUCGAGCAACCCCCGUCCUUAGAGCUAAAACAACUCCCGGAUAAUCUGAAAUACGCUUAUUUGGAGAGUGAUGAAAAACUCCCUGUUAUUAUUUCUUCUAACCUUGAUCCCGAUCAGGAAAAUAAACUUUUGCAGGUUUUGAAGAAGCACAAGAAGGCAAUUGGCUGGACAUUAGCUGACAUCCCAUGUAUUAGUCCUUCCAUGUGUAUGCAUAGGAUUUUACUUGAGGACGGUGCUAAAACGGUAAGGCAGCCCCAAAGGAGGCUUAAUCCUUUGAUUCUUGAUGUGGUAAAGAAAGAGGUAACCAAACUCUUGCAAGCAGGUAUCAUUUAUCCUAUCUCUGACAGUAAAUGGGUUACUUUCAGAUUCAUAUUGCACCUGAAGAUUAAGAAAAGACCACUUUCACGUGCUCAUUCGGGAAUUGUUCUUGGUCACAUAAUUUCUGAAAAAGGAAUUUUUGUUGACCCUGCUAAGAUUGAUAUAAUUUCUACAUUGCCUUACCCUUCUUGUGUUCACGAGAUUCGUUCUUUUCUUGGUCAUGCAGCGUUUGACUUCUUGAAGAAAGCAUUGACCUCCGAUCCCAUCAUCCAGCCUCCCGACUGGACCCUCCCUUUUGAGAUUAUGUGUGAUGCUUCUAAUUAUGUUGUUGGGGCUGUCCUUACACAAAGAGUUGACAAGGCUGCCCAUGUUAUUUAUUAUGCUUCUAGGAUGUUAGAUUCUGCACAGUCAAAUUACACCACCACUGAAAAAGAACUUCUAGUUAUUGUUUUUGCUCUUGAUAAAUUCAAAUCAUACUUGCUAGGUUCCAAGGUUGUUGUUUUUACUGAUCAUGCAGCUUCAAAGUACUUGUUGAAGAAGCCGGAAGAAAAACCGAGAUUAAUUUGGUGGAUGUUAUUGCUCCAAGAGUUUAAUGUAGAGAUUAAAGACAAAAGUGGAGCUGAGAACUUAGUGGCUGAUCACUUAAGCAGAAUAGAGAGAGAUGAAUAUCCUUUUCCCAUCCAGGAUGACUUUCCUGAUGAGCAGCUUUUACUUGUGCAUGGUAUUACUCCUUGGUUUGCUGAUAUUGUUAAUUAUCUUGUUGGUGGUGUUUUUCCUACAGGUGCAUCCAGGACACAAAUCCACAAACUUAAGAGUGAUGCCAAAUAUUAUGUUUGGGAUGAUCCGUAUCUUUGGAAGUUUGGUAAUGAUCAGGUAAUCAGGAGAUGUCUCCCCGGUUAUGAGAUUGCAUCCAUUUUGAAUUUGUCUCAUGCAUCUCAAGUCGGCGGACAUUUUGGUCCUCAAAGGACUGCUAGAAAAGUCCUAGACUCGGGUUUUUAUUGGCCCACUAUUUUUAAAGAUGCAUAUGAGGUUUACCGCACUUGUAAAGAGUGCCAGAUAGCAGCUUUAACAUUCUGCACUAAAAUGAUCAUAACUGAAGCUCCGGGAAUCCGAUUGGCGCGUUCUAACAAUCUACGGAAAGCUAAGAGAAAGAGCUACAACUUUCGCGUUUGGAGUCGAAGUCAGAUUCGGAGCGCUUAUUUUCCAGAAUUUCGUUUGAAGCUGCAACAUUAG